CCGCUCCGGCAGUCCGGAGUGUUGUCAUCCGGGGCUGCUCCCUUGCCUGCGCCUUAUCUCCACAUUGGGUGUGGAUAUUUGUGUCGGGGCGUGAUAGCCAUGUUAAGUGUGGCACUUCAGCUGGCCUGCAACUGGUCGUUUUCACCGUUUUACCCGAGCGUCAGGGCGGAAGCACCCGAAUACUGAUACGCCGGAACUAGUGAUGUGCUCUUCAACCAGGCUGGUAACUGUGCUCUUGGAUUUGGGAUCAUUACAUCAAUUUUGAGAAGAGUUUAAGGAAGAGCUUUUUGCUUUGCAUGGAUGUUCCAAACAGUUGGGAGAAAUCUUAUGAUUGGACAUCUUUAAAGGCCUCAUUUAGAAGAAAGGAUUGUAAUUGGGGAAGAAGCAGCAAACAUUUAUUUUACUCUAGAUAAAGACACUUUAGAUGAGUCUAUCAGAGGGUGAAAUGGGAAUCCGAAUCUAGAGCAGUUCUUGACAUCAGCUUCAGGGAUGUCAGCCAAUCCAGGCAGAAGUCUUCCAGGUCAUAUUUAGAGAAAUUCACUCACUGGUAUUCUACAGUGACCCAUGCCCUCCAGUAGAGAAUGAAUUCUCAAGAAUCCCUAAGUUUGCGGUGACAUAAUGAGUGGAUCCAGUGAGAGAGCAUGAAGACAGACAAAUGUAUUUUAACAUUCUAUGGGAAGCCAGUACUUUACAUUGCUGCAGCAAGAUCAAAGUGAUGAACUGACCGGACAGCUGGUAGGAGAUUCCCAAGAGGGGACUGUGUUAUCUACGAGCUCAUUAGAGAGUGUGAAAAUACCAAGCAGCAGUAUUCACCACAUUUUUGAUCAUGCGUCAUAAAACAUUCAUCUGAAGGCUUCCAGAAGUAUUCAGAAAGUGGCAAUAAGGAUGAGAUCAAUGUGUUUGAAACAAGGCAACUUGAGGAAGAGAAGAAGGAGGAAGGCAGAUUCCUGAGACUUAGUAAAGUUCUGAAGGGUGAAGUGGAGUCCAUGGAGAGAUUGAGGGCAUGGCUCAUUCAGCUGUGUGACAACCUCAGAGUAGCCUCUGCACAACAACCAUCUCUGCCAUGAAGGUCCUUUGGGGUCUUCUUGUGCUGUGUGCACUGAGCCAUUUCUGCAGCAGUUCAGAAGUCAACAGUAUGGCUUUAACAACUGUUGACUGCAGCAUUUACAGGAAGUACCCAGUGGUGGCCAUCCCUUGCCCCAUCACAUACCUGCCAGUCUGUGGUUCUGACUAUAUCACCUAUGGGAAUGAAUGUCACUUGUGUACAGAGAGCUUGAAAAGUAAUGGAAAGAUUCAGUUUCUUCAUGAAGGACAAUGCUAAUUUCUUGCUGGAUGUGGAUAGAGAGCAAUGAUAUUUUUUCAUCUUCAUCAUUCCUAACUCUUAUUUUUUUCUCUGCUUAUGUUCUGGGUGGGGGCAAAGCCAGAUUCAGUCAUCACUGUUGAAUGGAGAAAUGUGUUCUUUUGUGAAAACUUAUGCCUUACUGACAGACUGGAUUUUUUUUACCUC